AUGCACCACCACGUCCACGUCAGCGUCACCACCGAGACGAAGGUGCAUCUGAAGUCGCACCACGGCAAGUUCCUCUGCGCCGAGCAGUCGGGCAAGGUCGUCGCCGACCGCGCGGACUGCCGGGAGUGGGAGACGUGGACCAUGCGCACCACCAACGGCAAGACCACCUUCCAGUCGCACCACGGCAAGUACCUCUGCGCCGAGCCGUCGGGCAAGCUGGUUGCCGAUCGCUCCAGCCCCGCGGAGUGGGAGCACUUCCACGUCAUCCAACAGGGCUCCCACGCCGCGCUGCGUUCGCACCACGGCAAGUACGUGUGCGCCGAGAAGAACCACAAGGUGGUGGCCGACCGCUCGGCCCUCGGCCCGUGGGAGCAGUGGCAGGUCAUCCCCGUCGGGUCGCACUGCCUCCCGGCGGAGACGAAGGUGCAACUGAAGUCGCACCACGCCCGCUUCCUCUGUGCUGAGCCCUCUGGCAAGGCCGUCGCCGACCGGAGGGAAGCCAAGGAGUGGGAGACGUGGACCAUGGUCACCGCCAACGGCAAGGCCACCUUCAAGUCGGCUCACGGCAAGUACCUCUGCGCCGAGCCGUCGGGGAAGCUCGUAGCCGAUCGCUCCAGCCCCGCCGAGUGGGAGCACUUCCAGAUCGAGCACCACGGCUCGCAGGUGGCGCUGAGGACGCACCACGGCAAGUACGUGUGCGCCGAGCAGAAGGACUACAAGGCCGUCGCCGACCGCUCAAAGGUUGAUAUUUGGGAGAAGUGGCAGAUCAUCACCGUAGCCACUGUGACCCACCACCCGGUGCACUACGCGCCGCCGCCUGCGUUUGGUGGCUACCCUCCGGCGCCCUCCAGCGGCUAUCCUCCGCAGUCGGGUGGUUAUCCUCCCCAGCAGGGGUACCCGCAGCAGGGCUACCCUCCCCCGUCAGGUGGCUAUCCCCCACAGCAGGGCUACCCCACUGGCCUGAACCCGCCUGGCCAGUAUCCCCCUGGCCACUACUAA